UUAAACAGAAAUUCGGUUCUUCAUAGAAGUUUAUCAAAUGCAUUGCCUAAUAAUCAAAGAUUUAGUAGACUUUUUGGUCAUAUGUCUCCUAGCAUUUUUUCAAACAAAAAUCCUUUUGAUGUCAUGUUAUUUAAAGGAAACCGCAUUUAUAUUGAUGGUAUAGUUUUUGAAGAAUUCCAAGAAUACGUGAAAUCUCUCAUCAACUCUGCUCCACCUACUAGUUCUACGCCUACUCAUCCAUUUAUGAAACGUUGCAUGAAUGAGGAUAUUCAACCAUGCUUAUUUGAAGGUAAUACUGGAUGGAAAUCUCCAUUUUACAAAAGACGUCUAUUAGAUGCCAUUAUGAAAAAUCGAUGUGAGAUACAAACGAUACAUUCUAGUUUUUCAAACUCGGUUCCAAGCUCGUCAAAUACCAGUCAAAUUUGUAGUCCAAUAGAUGCACCAAGUACUUAUGAUGAAUUACCAUCCGCACCAAAACUUAAAUGUGGUCUUUGUGGUCAUCUUAGAAGUUGUGAUUUCCGUAUGAGAAUUUCUGAUUCAGAUGUUCCAGCCACAACAAUUACCACAUCGUCACGCUUUUCAUUCACAGGAAAUCUAGAGUGGAUUCCACUUGAUAG